AUGUCGUUAGCCUUACCAACGUCUCCGCUUGAGAUUUCACGUGUUUCAGUAAAAAUUCCACCAUUUUGGAAAACCAAUUCAAAAUUGUGGUUUAGCCAAAUAGAAAGCCAAUUUUUUAAUUCCGGUAUUUCUCAAGAUGCCACGAAAUACCAUGCACUUGUUGGGUCCGUUGAAAGUGAUAUCCUCAACGCUGUAAGCCACAUAAUUGAGAAUCCUCCAACACAAAAUAUGUAUGACACUCUCAAGUCCGCCUUACUUAAUGAAUUUCAAGAUUCCGAGGAAAAACGACUGCAAAAAUUGUUGGAAAAUAUUCAGUUGGGUGAUAAACGUCCCUCUACACUGUUGCGCGAAAUGCGGCAAUUAUCAUCAGGUAAGAUGUCGGACGAUAUGCUGAAAUCUUUAUGGUUCCAACGUUUGCCAGCAACUUUAAAAGCGGUGUUAUCAAUAAGUUCGGAUAGCUUAGAUAAACUGGCGGUCAUGGCUGACAAAAUAAAUGAUCAGCUUGAUUCUUCUUCUCUUUGUCAAGUUAGUACGCCUAGCCAAACUCCACUUGAACAAAUAGAAAAGCAGAUAAGUGAACUUAUUCAGCGCAUUGAUGCAAUAAAUUCUCCUCUAUCCCAUGGAAGAAAUCGCAGCCGUAAAGAAGCAGAAGCAAUAGCAGAGGCCGAAAUGUAUCAAGAAACUUAUGUUGGUAUCAUUUUACGUUCGGCUCAAAAGCGACUAAAUGCCGUCCUCCUUGUGCACAGCAAGCGGAAAACUAAAAACUCCUUCGUCUAA